AUGUCUCAAAUACUUCGCACCCCAACAACCCGCAAACUCCUACACCCCUCACUCCUCCCCCGCCUCUCUGCAACUCGUACAUACUACAGCUACGAAACACCACUCCCACCGCCCUACCCACCCACCGAAACCGCAAUCUUGUCUGCAGCACUCAGCCAUGUACCCACCGCCGGCUGGACAACUGCAUCGCUACGUCAGGGCGCCCGCGACGCAGGAUACCUAGAUGUAUCUACAAAUCUGUUUCCCAAAGCCGAGUUUGAAUUGGUAUUGUACCAUUUACGGACGCAGCGACUGGGGUUGAAAGAGCGAGUGCAGUUUCAUGAAGAGGCAGGACUGGGUGUGACGAGUAAAGUGAAAGCUUUGGUUAUGGAGAGGUUGAGGGGGAAUGUGGAGGUCGGUGUGCAGGAGAGGUGGCAGGAGGUAAGCAUGACUUUUGCUUUUUUGAGAUGGGAAGACUUGAUAGACAAGGUACUGACAGAGAGGCAAACACAGGCACUAGGUCUCAUGUCCCUGGCCGGCAACAUCCCUCCCUCACUCCGCGAACUCUACCUCCUCGCAGACGAAAUCUGGUUCCUAGCUGGCGAUGAGGCGGUCGACAGUUCCUGGUACACCAAGCGCGCAACACUGAGCUCCAUCUACGCCGCCACCGAAACAUACUCGACUACAGACCAAAGCACAGAUUUCAGAGACACGGAAGAGUUCUUGAACAGGAGGUUAGAAGAGGCAAGAGUGGUGGGAGGUGCGUGGAGGAACGUCAGGGAGUGGAUGAGUUUCCAGGGCAUAGCCACUGUCAACAUGGCGAGGAACUGGGGUGUGAGGAUAUGA